AUGGCGUCGCGCGGCGGAGAACGGCGCGGCAGGGGCAGAAGGGGAGGGUACCAGCAGCCGCAGCAGCAGCCGUACGGCCCCGGUGGCUUUGGUCGAGGAUCUGGAGGAGGAGGCUGGUACCAGCAGCCGCCCCCGCCGUAUGGCCGCGGAGAUGGCUUUUGCCCUACGUCCGCGGCCCCUAUUCCGGCCGCUCCUGCGGUCCAGGUCCCCGCGGUGGCUUCGACCUCAGCAGCGCAGCCGGAGCAUGCGACCGAGAAGAGUUCGGCGCCGCGGCCUCUAUCGUGGGCGGCGGUGGCUGCUGCGGCGCCAAAGCCUCGACCCGCUGCGGUGAGGCUCGUGAGGGACGUGGGGACGCUGGCCGUGGCCGGCGGAGCGCACGAUCCCCUCGCGCCUGGAUCCCAGAAGCCAGCGGCGCCCACGGUGGCUUCGACCUCAGCGCAGCCGGAGCAUGCGACCGCGUCUUCUAGUUCGGCGCCGCGGCCUCUAAACUCGUCGGCGGUGGCUGCUGCGGCGCCACAGCCUCGACCCGCUGCGUCGGCGGUUUCUGCCCUCGCGAGGGACGUGGGGACGCUGGCCGUGGCCGGCGGAGCCCCCGAUCCCCUCGCGCCUGGAUCCCAGAAGCCAGCGGCCCCCAUCCCGCUGUCGACAAAGCGCAUCGCGCCGCCGCGGCGACCGGGGACCGGGACGGUUGGGGAAAGUAUCACCGUGCGCGCGAACCACUUCCUCGUCCGCAUCACCAACGACGACUCGAUCUACCUUUACGACGUAAACUUGACCCCUCAGCCAAAAACAAGGCGUAUCAACAGGGUACUGAUCUCUGAGCUCUCGAGGUUGCAUCUCGCCGAUCUCGGUGGCAUAGGUUUCGCCUACGAUGGAAGCAAGGCCCUGUACGCUUCAGGAAAGCUGCCGUUCGAGUCAAUGGACUUUAAGAUCAAGCUGGGUAAAGACCUCAGGGAAAUGGAGUACAAGGUCACACUUCGACUUGCCGGCCAAGCAGAUGUGCACCGCUUGCAGCAGUUCAUCGCCAGCAAUCAUACGGAUUCGCCUCAGGAUACGAUCCAAGCACUCGACGUUGUCCUGCGGGAGUUCCCUUCUCUCAACUAUGUCACCGUUUCUCGGUCAUUCUUCUCCCCUGUAUUCGGUCGACAAGACAUUGAUGGUGGACUGGAAUGCUGGAAAGGAUACUAUCAGAGCCUGCGCCCAACUCAGAUGGGGCUCACAUUGAAUAUAGAUAUAUCCUCGACUGCAUUCUUCAAACCUAUCAACGUGGUAGAAUAUGUCCAGAAGUGUCUGAACAUAUCUACUACCAAUGGCAAUGGUCGUGGCCCUAGACCGCCGCUUUCUGACACUGAUCGCCUGAAGCUUAAGAAAGCACUAUGCGGUAUUCGUGUUGAAACCACACACCAGAAGGGAAAAAGAAGCAAGUACAAGAUAACUUCCAUUACAUCUGAACCACUGAGUCAGCUGAACUUUCCUUUGGAUGGAGCUAUCCAGACAGUUACUCAGUACUUUUCGGAACGGUACAAAUACAAGCUGCAAUACACGUCUUGGCCCUGUCUGCAAUCCGGCAGCUCUCCUAGUCCUAUAUAUUUACCAAUGGAGGUAUGCACAAUUAUAGAAGGGCAAAGAUACUCCAAGAAGCUUAGUGAUAAGCAAGUGACUGGCAUCCUGCGAUCAACUUGUCAGAAGCCCCGGAACAGGGAGCAGAAAAUCAAUGAGAUGGUUCAACACAAUAACUACCCAGCAGAUAGGGUGGUGACGGCGUUUAGACUUGAUAUUUCCAAUCAAAUGGCCGAUGUGACUGCCCGUGUGCUGACUGCGCCCACGCUGAGAUACCAUGAAUCUGGAAAAGACAAAACUUGCCAACCCAGCGUUGGGAAAUGGACUAUGGUGAAUAAGAAAAUGGUUCAGGGAGUUACAGUUCAGAACUGGACCUGUGUGAACUUUUCACGUAUGAGUAUAAUCGCGGUGCAGAAACUAUGCGAUGAUUUAGUUUUUACAUGCAAUUCCAUUGGCAUGAAAUUUAAAAAAAUGCCAGAGAUAGAGAUUCGGUCAGCUAAUCAUGAUAGUAUAGAAGCUGCCCUGAGCAAUAUUCACUCCAUGGCUCCUAACCUCCAACUGCUUGUUGUGAUUCUUCCAGAUGUUUCUGGUCAUUAUGGGAGAAUUAAGAGGGUGUGCGAGACUGAACUAGGGAUAGUAUCUCAAUGCCUCAAGCCAGGCGGCAAGCAUGUGAAGUCCUCUAACAGACAGUACCUGGAAAAUGUUUCACUUAAAAUCAAUGUCAAGGUUGGAGGGCGCAAUUCAGUUCUUCAGCGACCUCUUGUACCUGGUGGGCCAGAAAACACAACAAUAGUUUUUGGUGCUGAUGUUACCCAUCCUGCUCCCGGAGAGGACUCAUCAGUGUCGAUCGCAGCGGUGGUGGCCUCUAUGGACUGGCCUGAGAUCACUAAGUACAGAGCCCUUGUCUCUGCCCAACCACCUCGGCAGGAGAUUAUACAAGAUCUCUUCACAAUGGCUAAUGUCUCGGAGAAGGCUAAUGUCUCGGUGAAGAUAUAUGGCGGAAUGAUCAGGGAGUUAAUUAUUGCAUUCUGUAAGAAUGGCAACCGUAGACCUACAAGGAUAAUAUUUUACAGGGAUGGUGUAAGUGACGGGCAGUUCUACCAGGUUCUGCUCUAUGAGCUGCACGCAAUUAAGAAGGCUAUUAAAUCUUUGGGCGAAGAUUAUAACCCCAUGGUGACAUUUGUGGUAGUCCAAAAAAGGCACCACACAAGGCUCUUCCCUGGGGAGCAUACCGACAGUAGUGGGAACAUUCUUCCAGGAACCGUGGUUGACACUCAUAUUUGCCAUCCUAGUGAGUAUGACUUCUACCUGUGUAGCCAUGCCGGAAUCCAGGGAACAAGUAGGCCAACUCACUACCACGUUCUCCACGACGAGAGCGGUUUUUCUGCCGAUCAGCUGCAGACGUUGACUUACAAUCUCUGCUACACAUACGCGCGGUGCACCCGGUCUGUGUCGGUUGUCCCGCCAGCCUACUACGCUCACCUGGCGGCCUUCCGAGCGAGGUACUACGACGAGCCGGCGGAGGUCGCCUUGGACGGAGUGGCCGGCGGCCAGCCGGCGGAGGUCACCUUGGACGGAGCGACCGGCGGCCAGCCAGCGGCGGUGCGCCGGCUACCGCAGAUCAAGGAAAACGUCCAGGAUGUGAUGUUCUACUGCUGAAUCGGCUUCCGAGUUUUCAUCGUUUUGUUGGUCGCGCGUCAGUGUGCAAGACUGGUAGUGUUAAUCUGUAAACGCUGAACUAUAUAGUAUGGUAUUCAUUUCGAGUUGUUGCUGUUGCUGAACUUGUGAUCUGCGCUGCUUCCAGGGGACACCUUGGGCUCGU